AUGCCCGCCACGCCCGCUUCCAGAAACCACCACGCCAACCAUCGUCAGCCUUUAUCCUCUCCUCGUGGACCCGUAAAAGCACAUCCGUCUCACCGUAUCCGGGCGCAUUGCCGCCUCGCAGCCUCCGCCUGCUCUCCCUCUCCCCCGUCUGCGAGCUCCACCGCCUGCGCCCUCCGCCCUCCGCCCUCCGCCGACCGCCGCGCGGCCUGCAGAGCGCCGCGGCGCUCCGCCCCAUCUCCGGCCAGCUGCGACGACACCCCGCCGAAGCGCCGCCCGCCUGCGCCCUCCCCCGGCCGCGCGGCGCGUGGCCCGCAGGGCGCCGCUGCGCCACGCCGCACCAACGCCGUUGGGGCGCGCUACGGCCCCGCAGCGGCGCCGGCCCGGCUCCGGCCAUCUCCCUCGCGGCGCUUCGUCCUCGCGCACUCCUGCAGCAGCGACGGCCACGCCUGCCGCCCGCCGGGGCAGGGAGGCACCAAGCGUACUCCGCCGUCGCCCGGGGAGAUGGGGGCAGCAGGGCCACUCCCUCUCGCUAAUAGUGUCUACCUCCUCCUCCUGCACCAUGUGACAGGCACAUCAUUUGAGCCAACCUUCUUCCUUGCUAAACGCUCAUGA